AUGCAUAUUAAAUUUUAUCCUGAAUUUAAAAUAUGGCUAAAAUUGGAAGAAUUGUUUAAUAUAGAUUUAUUUCAUAGAGCAUGUUAUGCUAUAAAAAUACGUUUUCCUGACAAUAUUAAAGAUAACAUCUCAAUAACUCAUAUUGUAAAAGAUUCUCUAUUGACAGAUGACGUAGUAAUUGAGGGUGAAGUUAAUGAAAAAAAUGAAGCAAUCUCAAGAUUUAAAGCUAUUUUGUACAAAAAAGAAUGUGUCACAUUAAAUGAUGUUUUUUUAAUAACUUAUAAAUUGCCUAAAAGUGUAAUACAAUCAUUAAAGUCGUUAAAGAUAAAUUUUGAAAUACAACUUUUAACUAGACCAAGACAACCUGAUUCCAGUAUUCCUAUUUUAAGUGGUGAUCCCAAAAUAUUAUCAACAAGAAAAUUAUGUUUAAACGUAAAGAUUGACAAAAGUAUUCAUUUGAAAAAAGUUAUCUAUUUUAAUAGUAACUCUUUUGCAGCAAUUUCUCUAACAUUAUAUGCAUCUUUAAUUGGUUUCAAACUUAAAAAGAAAUCUUACAAAUUAGAAUUAACAAUUAGUAAUCAAAUGAAACAUAUCUAUGAAAUUAUAUUAUAUGGUUUAUUGUCUAGUUAUCAUGAUUUGAAAAAUUUUAUUUAUCGUAAUGCAAAUGUAUUGAAUGGAAUUGUUUUGAAUAAUGAAGAAAGUGUUAACAUUAAAGAAGAAAUAAAAAAUGAGAUAAAUAUAUUAAAUGAACAUGAUAAUCCAUGGGAAAAAAUUGAAGAAAGUAUAUCAAUUAAAAGUAAGAAUUUAAAUACACUCUUUGAACAAGUUAUUUUUUUAUUUAAAAAUUGUAAACAGAUAACGGAACAAUUGUAUCAAAAAGAAUUUUUAAAUAGAAUGAAAAAAUUAGGUGAAGGUUUUUUCUAUUGGGAAGAUUCAAUAAUUUCAUUGAUUGAUGAUAGUAGUAAUCACCAAAAAGCUCAUGAGAUAAUUAUUAAAAAAAUUGAAAAAAGUGAUUAUUGGCGUAAUAUUCCAAUGUUAGAUUUACAUUGUGAAGAGAAUGAUCAUCUUUAUCCAAAAGGAAGUGUAGUGUUGGAACAUUCAUUUUCUCCUCUACCUAGAAGGAAAGAUUGUGUUACUAUUUCACCUUCAUCAUCAAAGUUAGAAGAAAAUUUACUGUCAACUGAUACAAUAGACAGUUCUAAAAUAGUUUUAGAAAAAGAUACUGAAAUAAAAAAAUAUACAAAAUAUUCCAAUAAUGAAUAUUCUGUAGAUAAAGUUGAUUUGAAGAUCAAAAAAAUUAAUUCUAUUACAAAAGAAAAAGAUGAAAUAAUAAAAAAAGUUGAAUCAUCAGAAAACUCCUCACUUGAAUCUUCUAGUUCAUCAUCAUCUGAACAUAUUGAAAUGAUUACUGAAAUGUUGGAUGAAAUUGGUAAAUCUGAUAAAAAUAUAGUUGCUUACAUAGCAGAAAAAGAAAAGUUGAAAGCUAUAUUUUUAAACUUAAAUUUUCAAUGUAUGCUUUAUUCAGAAAAAAAUUCAUUAUCAACUAAGAUAGUCGAUUAUUUUUCACCUGAUGAAAAUAUUCAACAUGACAUUCGAUUUAAAAGAGAACAAUCUCCAUUACAUUUAGUUGUUUUGGUUCAUGGAUUAGAAGGAUCAUCAUUAGAUUUACAAGGAUACAUGAAUUUUAUUUCUUUGUCAAAUCCUGACUGUAAUUAUCAAUUUUUACAUUCGCAAUGUAAUGAAUCAAAAACUUGGUUAGAUAUUGAAAGUAUGGGUAAAAAUUUAUUAAACGAAAUAUUUGAAACGCUUGAUAAAAUGAAAAAUAAACCGGUAAAAAUAUCUUUCGUUGCUCACAGUUUGGGUGGUUUAAUAAUAAGAAGCAUGUUUAAUAUUACACGCGUGGAUACAUUAAUACCAUAUUUACACACAUUUUUAACUCUUAAUUCUCCCCAUUGCGGUCUUAUGUAUAUGGAUAAAAAGACAUCGUUAGGUAUUAAUAUUAUAAAAUGGUGGAAACAAUCUAUGUCUUUGUAUCAGUUAACUUUAAGAGAUAAUACAAAUCCAAGAGAAUCAUUUAUAUAUAAACUAUCUCUUAAUUCUGCAUUUUCAUAUUUUCAAAAUGUAUUAUUAGUAGGUGAUUACAAUGAUAAUUUUGUACCAGCAACGUCAUCACUCGUUGAAAUGUGUGCAGAAUCUAAAAAAGAUAACAGUAUUAUGGGAUAUACAUAUCGAGAAAUAAUUCAAAAUAUUAACAAUACAAUAAUUGAAAGUAAAAAUAAUACAUUUUUAAUAAAAUAUAUUAUUUCUCAUCGUUCUGACCCUGUUAUGUCUGUAGACCGUUUCAUAGGUAGAAGUGAACAUGUUGCUCCAGUAGAUGAUGAUAAUUUCAUUGAAAAAUUUACUUGUAUAUCAGCGGGAAAAUACUUCAGAUAA